GUCAUCGCUGACAGUACAAAAAAAUGCCAAUGUUCAUAGAAAAUAAGGUUAUGUCGUUGAAGAAAAGUGAUAAAAACAACCGAGAGCUCAACAAGAAAGAGGAAAUAAAAAUGGAAUCACAAUCAAUAACAAAUCCAAAGGGGAGACUAGGAAAAUGUGAAGUUUGUAAUUCAAAUCCAGCCAAAUAUACAUGUCCAAAAUGUGAGGUCAAAACGUGCCAAAUCGAGUGUUUACGUAUACACAAAAAAGAACUCGAUUGUGAUGGGAUUCGUGAUAAAACUAAAUACAUACCUUUGAAACAACUCACCGAGGCUGAUUUAAUGAAUGACUAUGUGUUCUUGGAAUCCUGUAGUAAUUAUACUUCGGCUCGACGGACUGACAGAAUCAAGCGAUACACGGCCAGUGAUCGCUCGCUUCCCGUACCUCUGAUGAAACUGAAAAAGGCUGCUGUUGAACGACAAAUCAAACUAGAAUUUCUGCUUCCAAAUUUCGAUAAGCAUAAAUCAAAUAAAACUUACUACGAUUGGGCAUCAAAGGUUAUCUAUUGGUGUAUUGAAUGGCGCUUUAUCAAUGCCCACAAUAAAAUUAUCAUUGACGAGCGUUGCUGUGAGUCAAAAUUGAUGACCGAAUUGAUUGGAAAGUAUUUUGAUAAUAGUGACUCAAUUAGCUCACUUGGAUGCUAUCGAUCAAAAGGUUUAGAUCAAGUUAUACUACUGCUAAAGGCAGAAGGAACACGGAAGAGUAAGAAAAGAUUCUUCACAAUGGAUGCAUCAAAAACACUCCAAGAGAAUUUAAAAGGCAAAAAUAUUGUAGAGUAUCCCGUUUUUUACGUAGUUUUUGCCUCAGAUGUCCACACGUAUGAUAUCAUAAACAGCGAGGAUGUGAUGGAAGAGACUAGGAAACACAAAGAACAUUAUUUCACGACGAUAACAAAAACACAAAUGAAACAGUAUUCAAGAAGUCAAGAAAGUGUAGUAGAUGAAAGCUCACAAACAGCCACCAAUAGCCGGGAACCAGUGAAUUUCCUCUUCUCGAAUGGAACUGAAUUCAAGGAUGAUAAUUAUGAUGAUGAUGAUGAUUAGACAUUGAUAAUGAUGAAUAAAAAAUGAUAAUUAUUAUUA